CCUCCCUCCCCUUCGUUUCGCAUUCACAGGAAGCUGCGUCCGCGUGCCGCCGGCCGUACCCGCCCCCUCCGGCGUCGCCGAACCAACUCGUCCGGCUUCGGCGGCGCCAUGGGGCGAAAUUCCAAGUCCAAGCCCAAGGCCCGGCCGGCUCAGCGCGGCAGUCAGGCCAGACCGAGUGACCCUUUGCAGAAGCUUAAGUGCAGUCAGCACUACAGUCAUGCCAAAAUGCUCGAGUUGAACCAAAAGCGGCUACAGAUCAGGUGGUAUUCUAAAUCUAUCACUUGUAUGCCGUGCGUACUAGAGCUGAAGAUCACGUUAGCAAGACGAUAUGACUACGGCGAUUCCUGGGUUUGCUUGGAGUGCCUUCUCAUGCUUUGUGGUGGCGGAGGAUUCAGUCCAGAGGGCCAUGUUAGAGCACAUCACAAGGAGGAGCCUGAGCAUCGGUGGUUCGCAAACUACAAGAAUCCAGAUGAACUGUACUGUCGUGAGUGUAAUCAGGAGGUUCCACUCAAGGUUUUUAAGUAUCGUCCAGCGAAAUCAGCAGAAGCUUCAACUGAGUUAGAGCCAAUCACCGACCAACUUAAUCUGAAGGAUGAUGAUGAUGGUGGCUUAGGGCCAAACACCAACACAUUUGAUCUGAAGGAUGAUGAUGGCUUGGAUAAGAAGGAUGUGGUGACACAGCAGAUGAAACCGGUAGGGGUGGAGGGCAAGGGAUCCAGCAGUCCAUCAUCAACUCACUCGGAGGACAUAACCAAGGAGGACGUUGCCAACACAUUUGAUCUGAAGGAUGAUAUGAUGGCUUGGAUAAGAAGGAUGUGGUGACACAGCAGAUGAAACCGGUAGAGGUGGAGGGCAAGGGAUCCAGCAGUCCAUCAUCAACUCACUCGGAGGACAUAACCAAGGAGGACGUUGCCAACACAUUUGAUCUGAAGGAUGAUGAUGGCUUGGAUAAGAAGGAUGUGGUGACACAGCAGAUGAAACCGGUAGAGGCGGAGGGCAAGGGAUCCAGCAGUCCAUCAUCAACUCACUCGGAGGACAUAACCAAGGAGGACGUUGCCAAAUAUAAUGUCAUCAGGGGGCUGCCGAAUCCCGGCAACACCUGUUUUUUCAAUGCCAUGUUGCAGUGCUUAUUGGCCCUUGACCCACUGCGCAGCAUAAUGAUGGGACAAAACGUUUGCAAAGGGCCAAUUGCUGCGCUUUUCAAAGAGCUCUUUGUCGACACAAGUCCUUCAAGCAAUGCAAAAGGCUACCUUGAUCAAAGAAAACUGUUUGCAUCUGUCUGCUCAAAAUGGCCCCAAUUCAGUACCGGCGGAAUGGAGGAUGCCGUAGAACUCAUCCAAUGUUUUCUUGAUGGUUUGGAUGAAGAGGAAGAUGAAGCACGUCAACCUUCAAUGGGUGCUUCAAAGAAGGUCGCAAUUAUCAAUUCCAUCUUUGCAGGCGAGGAGUGUAGUGCUCUAACCAGCACCGAAUGUGUACACAGUUCCAAGGGGCAACGUCAAGAGACCCGUAUAUUCUGUCUGCCAAUUCCAGAUAGGAAGCUCCCUGCUGUAGCUUCGAGGAGCAAUAAAGCUGAUGCUGAGGCACAUGAUGGCGAUAAACCUGUAUCAGUUGAGGAUUGCUUCUCCUUAUACACCGAGGAAGAGUUGGUGUCUGAUUGGGUCUGUGACUCUUGCACUGAUGCAGCUAACACAGAACGUGUUGUGGAGUUAGGUGGUGACGAUAACCAAAAUAACCAGAAACAGGGAAAAACAAAAGUUUUCAGAGCUGCAAGGAAAAGAAUGAUUAUAACCAGAGCUCCAAAUGUGAUGGUGAUUAGUUUGAUGAGGCAAAAAAAGGUUCCUAAUCCUGCUGGAUAUGAUAAAUUGGAAGGACAUGUGUCUUUCAAGGAGACUCUUAAUAUGCAGCCAUACAUAGACAAAAGGUUUGACGAGAAUGACAAUAACACCUACCGUCUAGUUGGUGUUGCUCAACACAUUGGAGUUCGGGAAGCAGGUCAUUAUAUUGUGUAUGUAAGAGCUAGCAAGAUGAAUGAUCAGGAACAUCAAACCAAUGACAAGUCAUGGUUUUAUGCAAGCGAUGAGAUUAUCAGAGAAGCCAGCUUGCAGGAAGUUCUUGAGUGCGAGGCCUACAUUCUUUUUUAUGAAAGGUGUUCAAAUCAUGAUGCCCAAUCUUCUGCCAAUGUCACGUGUGAGGAAUCUAGACUUGCCAACCUUCUGCCAACGUUGCCCAAUCUUGACGGUGAUUCGAUUCGUCCACCCAUGGAUGACUUGGUCCCAUGGGCUGAGCAGAGGAACCCCAGCCGGGAUAAAAGGAGAGAACAGGUUGCGGACAAGAAAAAUGCCACAUUGCUACCUAUGUUUUGGGAGUUUCUUGAUGAGUUUACUCUAUCCGGAGAAACGAUGCCAUAUUACCGUUUUCAAUUGUGGGGCAUGCUUGUGAGAGGUUCUGGAUCAAGGGAACUUCCCAUCCUCUACUCACAUCUCUUGAGUCGGUCAAAGGACCUUGCAAUGGGAGUCUGCAAUGGCGGCGAAAGGCUGAGGGUGAAGUUAACAGAAAUUGCUAGGAAGUAUAUGCUGGAACUUGUAACGAGUUUGAGCAUGGUGGUGACAGACUCCACAAGGAAUUUAAUGCAGCAACUCGAGCUAAGAUUUCUUGAAAUGCCCACAAAGCAUGAGGAGUUGACGGAGUCUCUUGGUGCUGCUUUGCUUAGAGAAAUGGAUGUGUAUGGUCAUGUUGGGGACCAAAUUAUGAUACCUUUACCUGACAAAUGCGCCGUGAUCCAGGGACUUACUGAACAUGUGAUUAGCAAGCACAGAGAUGGGUAUUCAUGGGAAGGUGAUUUCGGCAUAGAAGAUGUGGAUGUCUAUGAUGGCAAGGUAGUCAUCACAAAGAGUCCCAAGUUAUUUGAGAUACUACCUCAAAUAUCGCCUGAGAUGGUCACGGCGAUGGAGAAAGAUUUUGAUAGCAUUGCAAUAAAAGUGCUGAAGAAAAAAUUUACGCAUUCUGACAUUUACGUGCCUUACCUAUUACCUUUUCAUCGAUUCUUGAGUGGAAUGGAACGAUAUGCUAAAUGGUGGUCAGACCGAGUGAUGACUAAGGAUCUGCGGGAACUAAUACUGCACUUUCCUUUUUACAAGCCUUUAAGGGCUAGGAUGAACUUGCUGGUAGGCAUCUUUGAUGCAUGGAGAUCGUUCGAUGGAAAAGAUAUGAGUACCUUGAUUAAGAAAAUCUUGGAGAGGGCACCACAUGCAUCGGCAUGGUUAGAUGAGAUGAAGAAUGUUGAGAAUCAGAUCAUCCUUGAUGUCUUCUGUUACAAAGACAAGAAUCUUAGCUAUUAUGAAGAAAAACUGCAUUUCAUGGUUGAAUUGUUCAGGCAUCUUGCAGUGCAUGGUACUGAGAAGUCCUUCGAAUAUCAGUAUGAUGGCUCCCGCAAACAAAUGGUGCAAACUCUUGAUGAACUUGAGGUUGGCGGUGCUUACUACCUUGAGGGAGUUGUGGUGGAGGCUUUGACAGCUUUGUUAGAGGAAUCAGCGAUGAAAGAUAUGCUGGAGUCUGUUUGGGAGUGCUACAAGAACUGCAAUUUCCCAUCUCAAAAUUAAAUCAGCAAUCAUUCAUGGAGGAGAAAGAUGUGGCUGAGCCCUCAUGUAGCUAGGUGAUGGACACGUCUCCCCGUCUAUUUUGUGAGCAAUUCAAUGGUGCUACAUAUCCCUUGCAAAUGGCUGCUACAUGGAAGAGAGCUGUCAGUGGCUCGCCGACUGCACGAAAAUGACGACGAACCACUCCUAAUUACAAUGGCCUCUACAUGGAUUAGCUAGUGAAGCUAGAUAUGAACAUGGACUCUGUUUUGCUCUGUUUGGGUCAUCAGGGUAGUCAUUGUAAUGUUGCUCUUUCAUUCGUACGAGUAGGUAACUGUUGUUGUAUCCGGGAAUCUGAUGUACACUGACUUUGCAAUGGGGCCAUGGAGUUGCAGACUUAUUAUUUGUCAAAAAGAUUAAUUACUGGAUUCUGAUUUGCAA